GAAUCAGUGAAGCGUUGGGGAAAGUCAUAGGGUGGCCAUUAUGGGAGUACACUGGCGACUCGGCUGCAAUUGUGGCGGGAAUUGAUUCGCGUACUGGAUUCAAAUCAGGAUUCGUCUCUUGUACAACAUUUGCCCAUUAGUUCGUCGAUUGUAGCCCUCGACGAUACCUCAAUAUUUUCCCCAGAAUCUUGGCGAAGCUUCUUUUCUGAUAAGGCUGGAAGCGCGAGAAAUGACAGUGGCUGGUGUGUGAUGGACCAGUGGUCAAACGCUCACGCUUCCUCUUGCUGCUGGGAUCCAGACUUCAAUUCGAAAUUAUAUUCGUCUAUCGAUAUACCUUCCAACAAAAAGCGCCCGCAAUUUGCCUGCUUCUUCCAGGGACCGGAUAUCCCCGGUAUUCCAGGAGUCUGCCUUGACCCACUGCUUAUUCUCGAUCCAGCAACCCCACCUCCACUGCAUCGAACUCUGGAGCGAUGCAACCCACAACGUGCUGACUCAUGUGAGGAAGGAUGGUCUUGUGUUCGCCCUAGUCCGAAAGAACAACUCGUGAGGAUAUCUGUGAGGCCCCCGUCGUGGAUCGACCCUCAGACCUUCACGAUCGUGUGGAGGGGGCCCAAAGAGGAAGUGCUUGAUCAAAUAGUGAUUGGUAAAUUUCAACCGCGGCACUGGAUUGUCCCACCAAGUAUUCCGUUAAUUGUAGGCCUCUUCCAAGCGUAUGCAUUCGCGAUAUCACUUUCGCUCUUCGUUCUCAACCUCUUGCCCGUUCCAAUACUGGAUGGUGCACAAAUCUGGGAAGCCAUUUGGGAAUUGGCAGGAAAUAAAUCCCCCACACAUCGUAAUCCGAUCAACAGAGACCUCCAGGAGGAAGCGCGCGAGACGGACAGGAGCCUCUCCCGUGUUGCAAGUCUACCCCACGGUGGCAGGAUAAGACCAACAAGUCGUGGAGGGACCCGGACGGCUUGAACAACACGGCCAGGCAAGGGCUUCUACCUCCUCCGCACGUUAGAAGAUGUUUAUGGCCACUGGAGUGCGCUGUCUGCACUCCAUCACAUGAUCUUGCAGCCCCUCCAUCCCCAUGAACAAAAUCCGCUGCACAAACGUUGCCAGUUGCUAUGAAACCGGAGCUUGUGUCGUGGCCCAUUGAACGAAGUCGACUACAGAUAAACUGGUGCCGCACCCGAGACCCCAACCUCGCGCCCUGGAUUCGGGCAGCCGGAAU